AUGAGAAAGACAGAGACGAACUUUUUUAGAGCCGUGUCAGUUUGUUUUUCUUCUCCUCGUCCCAGUCCAGAUGCUUUUCGCUUUGGCUCAUGGCGAGCUCAGGCAUGCUCAGCCACAGCUCAGGUUACUUACCGUGUUUCAUCGCUUAACGCACGGCCCCUCGUAACGCACACACAACCAAAAUUCAUCAACUUUUCAAUCAAGCUUAUCUCCACCAAUAUGGACCCAAUUGAGGCCGCGCUGGCGUCAUUUGAAUUGCUGAAGCUUGGAGAAAAACCUAAUUAUAGUGCGACAGCGAAAAAAUUUGGUUGUUGUCGCUCUACACUAUCAAAGCGCCACCGCGGGGUGCAGGGUGUAAGGACGGAGCUCUGUACCACUACGCCAAUACAACCAAAAAGGUGCGAAUAA